AUGCCCGAUCAUGAUGGUUUGAUGAGGAUUUUUUGGCCGAGGGAUAUACCGAGAAGUGAUUCACCUGGAGUAAUAGUUGGCUGGAGGAACUCUGGUCUUGAUAUAUUUGUGGUUGCGAUAUUGGAGGAUGUUGAUUACAUAUCUUUAAAGCCAAUAUCAUUAGCAUUGGAUGACAAGGCUGAAAUGGCGUUUCAUGCGCCUGGCAGUGUUGAUGCUGAGGAAGAGAAAGAAGAAUCAAGACAGAGGAUGAGGACACAGGAACUGGUCGAAAAGUUGAAGUAUCAUUCUGUGGUUAAACAUCCGCCAUCCCAAAAAGAACUUGCCUUACCACGAAUAGUCAAUCAAAUCAAUUGUGCUUGGGAGGUUCACCAACUAUUACAGAAAAAUAUCUCGCUUGUUGGAGCUCGGUCGAGGAGAAGUCUGAGCGUAUCUGAAAGAGUAGUGGAGUCAGCAACCACAAUGCGUGACUUUGUUCUUUUGGCAAUAUGGCAAUUGAUCACUCUCUACAUAUAUCCCAUCCUCAGACGUGGAUUUGUCAUUGGUCUUAUAUGCCAUAGAUUUGCUGCCGAAGCUUUACUGUUGGUUCUAGAAUGGAGAGCUAAGCCAGAUUAUGCAGCUUUGAAAGAUAUCUCCGCAACUGCACAACAGGUUGAAAUUCGCUUACAACAAUUCUGUUACUGGCCUAUGCAAUAUGUUACACUUCGGAGGAGUAAGAGAGAUUGGGCUAGUGUAACGACAAGCCAUCCGGAGUACAUAAGGUUUUACAAUAGCCUUUGGCUCGUUGCCAAUGACGUGAUAAUAGGAAUUGCAUUGGGGUCCUAUAUCAUUGAUAAUUCCGCUUGGGUUGCAGAAACUAUCAGUGACAUCCUAAGCACUUAUUCAAUAGCUGCACUACGAACAACGAUAAAAUGGCUGAUGGACUGGCCGGCUGGCUUAAAACUCAACACUGAGCUGGCUGCUUUCUUGGGUGAUUUGUUCUUAUGGGUCAUUGAUCAUUGGUCAAGCUGUAUUGAAACUUUACAUCCAGUAUUGCCCCAUGUUAUUUGGGUCGUUGGUUUUUCCAGUUUUGCUGGAGCCAGCAUGCCAAUCGCCUUGUUUUCAGACCUACUCACCAUCUUAACACUUCACAUCUACUCUUUUUAUAUGGCUUCUGCACGUAUAUUUAAUUGGCAGUAUACAAUCCUCCUCUCUCUAUUCCAGCUAUUCCGUGGCAAGAAGCAUAAUGUUCUUCGAAAACGUAUCGACUCUUGCGAUUAUGAUCUCGACCAAUUAUUACUUGGCACGAUUUUAUUUACUCUAUUGUUCUUUCUCUUACCUACAGUACUUGUAUUCUACUUAGCAUUUGCAUGUGCACGUAUGGCCAUUAUCUCGCUGAAAGCUGUUUUAGACGCUUUACUUGCAUGCUUAAAUCAUUUUCCACUUUUUGCCUUAAUGUUACGAAUUAAGGAUUCGCAACGAUUACCAGUCCCUCUCACUUUCCGCGCCAUGUUUCACCAAUAUUUCCAACUUGGUCAUCGUAUCCGUAAACACUACGCCUCACCUCGUGUUCUCCUCUGUCUAGCAACUGGUAAAUUCGUUCCACCUAUUCAUCGCAAAAAUCUUUAUUCUCUUCAAUACAGCAUGUUGCCGGCGCGUAGAACAGGUAUUAUGUAUAUGUGGUAUGCAUUAACAGCGAAUACGGAUGAAGGCAAGGAGAAGGAUAAGAGGAGAGGUAGUGCUGGGUGGUUGAAUGGUGGGGUGACUGGUUUGACUAUGGGAAAUGGAAAUUUGAGGAGGGGAAAUGGGUAUAUGGCUAGAAGGGGCGGGCAUUAG